AUGUUUUGCCUGGAGAAGUGGACUGGUUUUGCUGGCAGCGAUGGAGGAUGCAUGGUAUUAGAUGAUCAAUCCCACUCGGUAAAUAAUUCUCCUACGACCAUGAUCAAGAAGCCACUUAAUCCUAGUACCGUUACUUCUGAUUGCAAUCUACACUGGUUGACAAAACAUCUUCUGGCUUUGGCUGCCUCAAGAAAUGUGCCACUCAUCUUCAUCAAAGAUAAAAAAGAAGGUUCUUUAAGAUUAGGCGAGCUGGUCAAGUUAAAAACGACAAUAGCUACUGGAAUAAAGGCUAGGAGAAAUGAUAUGGGACAACUAAGAGGAAUGGAACAUGAAGAGGAGAAAACGCAUAACCUUGAGGUAGGAACCCAAGAUGAGCUUGGAGUGGAUGCACAAGGCGUGGAUUUUCAAAUACCAACUGGCCUUAUAACAAGAGCUCGGGCAAAGAAGCUACAAGCCAUACAAGGCUUCGUAGGACGUGUACUUGAAGAAGAGACCCAGUCCAAGGCUAAUUCCAACGAGUUGGGCUUACAAGAGGAGACCAAGAUCAUCAAUCUUAUUCAAGUCCAAUCCAGUGAAGACCCAAUUACAUUGGGUUAA